UAAUUCGAUCGUAAUUUAAUUGAUCGUAAAAAAUAUUUCAGAGAGAUGAUUUUCAGGGCUACUCGCGUCUUGUAUUUUCUGUUUAUUCUAUUCGUUUUAUUUUUCUCCCUUUUGAUGUAUUUAUUCAUUUUCCUUUUUUUCAACGUUCUUGGACCGUCCACGAGUCGGAUAUUGACGAAUUUCUAUAAUUUAAAGCAAAAUCCAUCCGAGGAGUUUUAGACUGUUAGCGAAUGGAUCAUAACAAAGUCCGAUAGAGGGCGAAAAUCAGGUGAAAAGGAUAACAAACUCGAACAGUACACCCCCAUGCCGCAUACAACCUAUCCCUGGCUGGAUACACAAAAAUCGAGGGAAGGAGUAAUUACUUGCCGUACGUUGGCCUUUGAAGCUAUCGAAACGCAUACUAUAUUAAAACGUGACGAUUUCGUCAGACACGUGUUGAUCCUAUGCAAAAACAGCGUGGAAAAAUGCAAAAAUGUCAUCGAUAUGUACUACACUCUCAGGGGGGCAGCCCCUGAAUACUAUGAAAACCGAGACCCUCUUAGGCCCGAAAUCCAACAAUCCCUCCGAACAGUGUUGUUCCUUCCGUUGCCGAAGCUAACACCAGACGGGUACCGUGUGAGCAUUUUCAAGUUCUUCAACACGGACCCGGCCGUGCUGGACCCUCUGGCGUUCUGCAAGGUCUGCUUCAUGUCCACCGAUAUCCGCCUCCGCGAAGACACUUGUCGGGGCGACAUCAUCGUCUGGGACCUCGGCGGCGGCACCAUGAGCCACCUCACCGCCUCCCUCCCUCAAGUCAAGAAGUUCAUCUACUGCGCAUCCAAUGCUAGCCCGAUGCGGCAAAAGAGUGUGUUUAUAAUCAAUGCUCCUUCAUUCGCUGACACCAUCAUCAACUUGGCUAAAAGUUUCGCGAAAAAGAAAGUGGCCGACAGAACUCAAGCGCUGUCGGAAUCGAAGGACCUAUUGAAAUACAUCCCGAUGCAGGUCCUUCCUCAGGAGUACGGCGGCACGUAUGAGAAGACUAUGAAUGAGCUCAGAGAUGAAUGGGCCAAGAAGUUGGAGAGCUACCGAGACUGGUUUAUGACGGAGGGUUCUGUCAAAGCAGACGAAAGCAAACGCCCAGGAAAAUCGAAUCUGCAACAAGACCUAUUCGGAAUUGAAGGGUCCUUCAGGAAGAUCAACAUCGAUUAGUCAUCGACGCUUCCAUCAAUCAACACAGAUUCCUCUAAGUCUUACAAAAAUCAAUGUGAUAAAGUGUGCAGUGUCAGGAAAUUGGAGGAACGUUUUCACGAAUUAGUUUCUGAUGAUCUCAGCAGAGGGCCCCGUUCAUAAGACGGACUAUCCCAAAUAGCAUUUCUCAACGGAAAAAUCGCUAUUUAUUGUAAUUGUGAUUUUAUCGGCAAUGAAAUCGCGAAAAAUGGCGAUUUAAUCUCGAUUCUAUCGACGAAAAUUGAUCACGAUUUUAUCGAACCAAAAAUUGCGUUGUAUAGCAAUUUAAUCGCCAUAUAUCGCAAUUUUUAAUGCGAUAAUAUCUUCAUUUAUUGCCACCGAUAUAAUCGCGAUAACCAACCUAUAAAAUCGCUAUUUAUAGCGAUCACUGCUACUUGGGAUUAUCUACAAAAGCGGGCUGAUUAUCGAAAUCGAUAGACAAAAAUAUGGACAGAGGCGAAAAAGAGAGAAUUUGGCGAUCAUAUAGGUUGAAAAGGGUGGUUCUCAUAGACAAAGGGGCGACUGAUGGACUAACUACAGGGUCCCUCCCGGAUUGGCACUAGCUAGUCUAUUACACACCUCUUCGUAUAAUGCAACCACCUUCUUUACCAAUGGGAUCCCAUAUCUUAUUUUGUUCAUCAAUUUUUAUAACCAGCCCACCGGUUCUUUUUUAAACUUUUCUUUUACUAAAAUUUGUUCCUGAGGAGCAAAAUUUAUCAAAUUACAUUAUCAUGACUAUUUUAUUCAGAAAACAUCAACUUCCAUCGGAAAAUAUUUGAAAAAUCUGAAGGGGUUAUUAUCAUUUUAAGUAGUUGGAGAGAUUAAUCCGCCUGGUACUUAUCUAAUGUCUGUUCCUGUCAUCCUACUUAACAUCACAACCCAAGAAUGCAUACAUUUGUAACAUCACACAUCGUCGCCUCUGACGCAAGGGCGAAUAGCCUGUGUCACACUAUCAAAGCUACCCAUCAAAAUAUCAAGGUCAGGUGCUGUGAUUGGCUUACUCGAUGACUUGGACCAAUCACAGCACUUGAACUUGAAAUUUUGAUGGAGUAUUUUGAUGGUGUGACACAGACCUAUCUCAAUUUCCGCAUGAUCCCCAGAAAGUAUGGAUUUAUAUAUGAAACAGGGCUCAAGCGUGGGACGAAAUUAGGAGUUAUCGAAAAGUCGUUCUUCAAAAUUGUGAGUUUAAAAAAUCGUGAAUAGAAAAUGUGUAUCCAUGAAAAGUCUGUGUUAAAACUUUUUGUCUUCGAUUCAAAAAUUUCAAAUUGGAUAAAUAACGGCGAUCUAUUUACAUUUUAUCAUGAUUUCGUGUAAACGCAGAUACUAUGAGGACCCUUCAUGAUGAAUUUCUUACCGAAAUACGUUAAUUUAUUUUUUUAACUAUGAUUAAAUACUAAGUUUGUGAUAUCUUUGUUGAUGGUUUGUGCUCCUAUUAUCUUUUUUGUGUAAAUAGUUUUUGUUUUAAUCAAAAAAAUGUCCUUAUGAUUUAUCUUUAACUCUGAUUUUGCUUUUAAGAAUGUAUGUAUACUAGAUUUAUUCGAAAAUAAACGUUUUCCUUCGGAAUCAAAAUGA